AUGCCUUGCUAUGAUUCACAAACAAUACAGCUGGCAAAUUACAUUACGUUAAAGGGCCUCCCUAAAUGGGAGAGUAAUUUGAACAUGGUUCUUAAUAAUCUUGUGAACAAUACGUCAUCAUCAUCAAAUGGUUUCAAUACCUCUGUCUCCGGCCAAACUCCAGAGAGAGUCUAUGGUCUCCUCCAAUGCUGGGGAGACGCAACAGUGGAGGAAUGCUUCAACUGUUCCAACUUGGCAAUAACCAGUGUUCGCCAGGAUUGUGGAAAUGCCAUAGGCGCUAAAGCUUGGCUGCCCAAGUGCUUCAUACGCUACGACAACUAUUCCUUCAUCGGAAUACUUGAUACCAACACAAAGAGAGCUUACAAUGGAGAAAAGGUCACAGUUGACCCUGAUGGGUUUAGUACGGCAAAACAUACUUAA